AUGUCCGAGCCGCCUCAAAGCCCGAUUUUGGACUGCACUAAUCGUUUUGAGUUCGGCAGAGGGAUGUUCGCCCCGGAUGGAUUCGGCGGAGCCUCGCUACAGUUUCCACACGGAAUGUUACAAGACGCCGGUCUAUUCUUCAACAAAAACGCGUACAGUGGGAUCGCUCCACCACCCCCACAACCAUUUCUACCGUUUUCAUCGGUCGGAGGAGAUUAUAAACUUUCCGAGAUCCAAACCAACGACUUGGGCCAGCCGAGACACUGGUACCCCUUCCCUGCUCCAGAAUACACCGGACAGGUAGCAGGGGUAAACACCGUUCCACAGCCCUCGAACCCGAGUCCCCCUAUCGCUGAAACCAGUGAGGAUGUCAAAAUUAAAACCGAGGAUGACGUGGAGGAGUACACUUCCACCCCCGAGAUGAAGUCGCAGCCUCAGUUUCCUCCCGCCGCGGCCUCCGCUGUGACCCACGGUGUAUACUACUCUACUCACUGGAACCCGCCUUUCUGGUCCGGCCUGAGUCCCUUUGCACCGGUGCAUUCAGGCUCGGCGCCCCCAGCGCCUGCCUCGCCGACCCCAACACUCUCGCCCUCGCCCCCCAGUCACGGCCCCAACGGCGACGUGUUCUGCAGCGCAGGCACCGCGCCGGCGGUCUCUGCCCCUACGCACCAGAGCUCCGCCGCACGGAACAGCGGUUCUUCCAGCGGCGGGGGAACCGACACGGAAGAAGAGGACAACCUCACCAACGAGGAGCUGGAGCAGUUCGCCAGACAGCUGAAGCACAAACGCAUCACGCUGGGCUUUACGCAGGCCGACGUCGGGCUGGCCCUGGGCAACCUCUACGGGAAGAUGUUCAGCCAGACCACCAUCUGCCGCUUCGAGGCGCUGCAGCUGAGCUUUAAGAACAUGUGCAAACUGAAACCACUGCUCCAGCGGUGGCUGAACGAGGCCGAGACGUCCGACAACCCCCAGGAGAUGUAUAAGGUGGAGCGCGUGUUUGCGGACGCCCGGAAGAGGAAGCGAAGGACCAGCCUGGAGGGGGCAGUAAGGAGUGCUCUGGAAUCCUACUUCUUUAAGUGCCCCAAGCCCAACACCCAGGAGAUCACGCACAUCUCAGACGACCUGGGGCUGGAUCGAGACGUGGUGCGGGUGUGGUUCUGCAACCGCAGGCAGAAGGGGAAGAGGCUGGCCCUGCCGUUCGAGGACGAGUGUGUGGAGGGUCCGUAUUCGGAGCAGAGUCCUCCCCUGGGCCCCGCAGACCCCGCCCCCUUCCCGGGCCAGGGCCUGCCUGGGGCUCCGCCCCUGUACAUGUCCCCGCUACACAAACCCGACGUCUUCAAACAGGCUCUGCACCCAGGACUCGUGGGCCACCUGACCGGUUAA